AUGGAGGCAAUCACCCAAGCCAUUAUGAACCGGUCUAAGCUGGAGGUGGAACUCAUCAAGAUCUCGCAGCCCACGGCGGAUUCCUUCGUCAUGACCAUAGUGAGCAGGGUUACAGGCACCGGCCCGAUGGGCGCGACUAUGGCGCCAAUGACGGUCGACAUGAUGUUCAACGGCGGGUGCUUUGGAAAAUUAGAUCUUCCCGAAGUCAAGACCAAGUCCGGCGGAACGGAGGUGGUUGUCCGCGACCAGCUCAUCAAGAUCGUCGACCGCGACGCCUUCAUGGCCUUCGUCAAAGCCAUCAUGUGCGACAACCAGCUGGUGCUGCGUCUCGACAAUGGCGAUUGCACGAUUAAGGCGCUCGGUUUGUCAGCCAAAGUCAAGUACGCCAAAGAUGUGCCCAUCGUCGGCAUGGGCGGUCCCAAGAUCGCACAGGUUAACUCUCAGGAGCGAGGAGGCGGAUUCGUCAAUACGAUGAAGGUGUACAACCCCAGCCCACUCGAGAUUGAUCACGGUGUCAGCAUAUUCGAGCUCCGCAGCGAGAGCGGUGAAGUGUUGGCGGAGUUGAAGGGCGACCUGAAGAUUGUUAAGGGCGACUUUGAGAGCACGCUUCAAGGCAGUAUCAAAAAGGGCGCCAAGCCGUCGGACAAGGCCAGGAUGGUGGGCGUCGGCACUCAAGAUUCGAACUGGUGCAACGACACGAUCAAGUUCAUCGACUGCCCGUUCUCUAUAUCGCCUCAGUUUGCUCAGAUGCUGUAG